AUGAAGCGUCAGCAAGGAAUAGAAUCCUUCUUUUUGAAAAAGGCUAAGGUUGAAAGUACUGUGAAUGAAGUAUUGUCAAGCCAAAAGUUAGAAGAACUACCAGUGCCUUCCACAUCGGCAGAUGCGAGCUUAAAGUCGCAAAGUGAUCUUAACAAAACUGUAAAUAAAAGUACAUCUAUGACGGAUAACAUUGAAUAUCAAAUUCCUGCUCGUGAUUUUAGUAAGUUACUCAACAAAAAUGCUACAGUAAUGAGUGACAAUGAACGUUUGGAGUGGCUAACAAACCCUUGGACUCCAUCACCAGAGUUUAAGUUUCCGCUGAACACUGAAGGGAAGGAAAAGAGGUCUUUUCAAGCAAAGUGGAUGAAGGAAUACCCGUGGCUGGUUUACAGUAAAAAACUAAAUGGUGGGCUGUGCAAGGCUUGCAUUCUUUUUGGGCGAGGGGAAGGAGGAAAGAGUGAUGGAAAGCUUGGAAAAUUGGUACUUGAACCUUUGAAUACUUUCAAAAAAGCAAAAGAAAUCUUAAAACAUCACGAUGAAGCCAAGUUUCACAAAAACAAUGUAAAAGCCAGCAAGCAUUUCUCAUUAGUGAUGGAAGGAACAGAAGAUGACAUUGUUUCUCGAAUGAACGCGGCUCAAAAAGCUGUAAUAGAAGAAAAUAAGAAAAAGUUAAUACCUAUCAUUAAAACUGUUAUGCUGUGUGGAAUUCAAAACAUUCCAUUACGUGGCCACAGGGAUGACGGGAAGCUGUUCGAUGAAAUAAACAAAGACAAAUCAGCCGAAGGAAACUUUAGAGCUCUAUUGAAGUUUAGAAUUGAUGCCGGAGAUAAAGAGCUUCAAUCUCAUGUAGAGUCUUGUGGGAAAAAUGCAUCCUAUGUAAGCAAGACUAUUCAAAAUGAACUAAUUCAGUGCUGUGGUGAAGUCAUUGUAAAAAAAAUUGUUUCAAAGAUAAAAACCGCUAAAUAUUUUACUAUUAUUGCCGACGAAACUACAGAUAUGUCAACGAAAGAGCAAUUGUCAAUUUGUGUAAGAUAUUUUGAUAAAUCAACAUUCGAAAUCAAAGAGGAUUUUAUUAUGUUCAUUGAUGUUGUUGAUUUGUCUGGUGAAAAUAUUGCUAGCAAAAUAUUAGAAGCUUUGAAGAACCUGGAUAUAGACAUUUCUGACUGCAGAGGUCAAGCCUAUGAUGGAGGUUCAAACAUGAGCGGAAAGUUUCAAGGAGCUCAAGCAAGAAUCAUGAAACUGCAGCCCCUCGCAGCCUAUAGUCAUUGCGCUAACCAUAGGCUUAACUUAGUCAUAAGUAAGGCUUGCACAAUCCCUUCAAUAAGAAACGCAAUCGGGGUAGUCUCAUCGGUAGCCAACUUCUUUAGGGAGUCUGCCAAAAGAUUGUAUGCACUGGAAGAUGAAAUGAACGAGGAUCUGAAGAAGGGGAAGCACGCUGUCAAGAAGAUGUGUGAGACAAGAUGGAUAGAGCGUCACGACGCUGUGUUAACAUUUUUGGACUCUUUACUUUCUUUGCACACUGUUUUGCAGACCAUGGCUAAUACAAAUGAAGUAGCUGGAACUAAAGCGUUUUCCCUCCUACAUAGCAUUGUUUCGACAGAAUUUAUUGUAAGCUUAGUAGUUUUAGAAGCUGUUAUGAAUUUGACACUACCACUGGCUAGAAAACUUCAAGCCGAGUACAUAGACGUACUCAAAGCUAUGGUUUUGGUCGAUGCUACUCUUAAAAGCAUUGAAGAGCAAAGGACCAAAAGCAAGGAGUGUUUCAAAAAACUUUUUGACAAAGCCUGCAACCUUGCCUUGAAAAUGGGAACCGAACUGAAAAAACCUAGAAUAGUUGGCAUCCAACGAAAUAGGUCAAAUGUUGAAGCAGAGACAACAGAGGAAUACUUCCGACUGUCAAUUUUUCUACCAUUUUUGGACUUUCUUAUCAGUGAAAUUAAUACCAGAUUUCCAAAAGCUCAAAUGACCCACAUUGGAAAAUGGAAAAUUACAGAUGAUUCUGCCACCACUGGGGAAAUUUAA